AUGCCGCCAUCACCGCCAUCACCCCCUCCAUCCCACGAACCCCCAUCCCCGCACACCCUCCUAUCGCAACCCCCCUCCAACGCACCCCGCCUAAACAUGCCCUUCGACCGGCGCCUCCUCCUCACAACCUUCACCUCCUUCAUAUGCGGCUUCACCCUCGGCAGCACAUCCUCAGGCCACAUGGCCGCGAUGCGCUUCCGAGCCGAAAACGCCCACCGUCUGCCCAUCUCGCAGCCCGGCUGGUACCUAUACCACAAGUCGAAGAACUACUACAAGAUGCAGCACGGCAUAACCGACGGGCUGCGGAAAGGCGCAUGGAUCGCCGCAUGGACCAGUGUGUUUUUCAUCGUGGAGGAGAGUCUAGAUGUGUUUCGCGGGACGUGGCGCGCUGGCAGGACGAUACGCGAGAUGGAGGGCGUGGAUGAGUUGGAUCUGCGGCGCAUUGAUCGGGGCGUGGAUAUCUCGCGGGAUUGGGUCAGUAGUGCGUGUGCGGGUAUGGUGACGGGUGGCCUGUGGAGCGCGUGGCAUCAGUUUCCGGUCUCUACGGCCGCGCGCACGAUUAGGAUGGGUGUGUUGGUUGGACUGGGGUAUGGGCUGGGGCAGGAUGCGUUGGUUUGGGCAAAGGGGAGGUGGGGAGAGGGGGGCGACGGCGAGAGUUGGAUCUACCGCGGCGCAAGGAAUAGGAAGCAAGAGAGUGCUGAAGAGGCGUGA